GUAGUCGCAUCCAGAUGUGCGCGCGCGCGUGUGUGUGUGUGUGCGUUUCACGGCGCGGGACGAAGACGUCGAGGAGCCUCUGCGCCAAUCGCUGCCGCCCGGGGGAGGCGUGUCGUGUGUAGACUGUUGUGCUUAUAGAAAAAUGGACAAUUUAAGGCGCACAUUCAUCAUUCAUACCCCGACGGGGAGGUCUGCGCACGCACGCUGAUCUGCCGCCGCCAAUGCCCGGCCGUGGGGUGAAAAGGAAAACCACCAGCGAGGGGACGAGGCCGGUUCGCCACCCGGUAAACGCGAAGCUCUCCGCCGGGGGAGAAGUCGGAGCGCCGCGGGGAUCGUACAGUAGGAGGGGCCCCGCAGACGGCGGUCGCGCCGGGCACCAUGAGGCAGCGGGCUCGUUGGCCCGAGAGAGCGGAGACGUCCCCCUUCUUCUUCUCCUUCGUCAUCGUCACUCCCGACCAGGCCGGCCAGCGGAGGAAACGCACGCCGCCGCCGCCGCAGCAUCAGCAGACGCGGGCCAACGCACACGUCUGAGAGCGAGGCGGCUCGACGAGCCGAUGGGCGAGGGCGGGAGGAGCCGGAGCGAGGGGAGUCAGUAACUCAGAUUGCGGUUUUAUCCCCGGGAAGAAAAGAAAAAAAUGGCAAAGUGGACCACCGGGCCACCCUCAGAGGCAGCGAUGCCCUCGCUAACGCAUCGCCCGUCGCUAGAGCCUCCUUGUUAGAAGUCACAAGUCACAACCCCCCCCCUCAGAGGACAAGAGCGAGAGAGAGAGAGAGAGAGAGAGACAGAGAGACAGAGAGGAAAGACAGAGACAGUGACAGGCCCCCAUGCAGGCGCGUAAGAAGUACGGUCUGCUGGGCUUGUGCGCGUGCUGCUGGCUGCUCUUCUUCUACUGGGGCCCCGGGGGGGUCCAGCUGCGUCUGCUGCGGCUGCUGACGCGCCAGCGGGGCGAAGCGGUGCGCCCGUGGCCCAACUGGACCGACGGGGCCUUCCUGCCCCGCUACGCCCACCCGCAUGAGCCCCAGACGGACCCCGGGGCGGCCGAGUCGCCCCGCCGCCGCCGCCAGUCGUGGCCCGCCGUCUACAAGGGCGGCCGCUGCCGCGCGGAGACCUGCUUCGACUUCGCGCGGUGCCGCCGCCGCGGCCGCGAGGGCUUCCGGGUGUACGUGUACCCGGCGGAGAAGAACGACCGCGUGUCGGAGAGCUACCGGAAGAUCCUGACGUCCAUCGCCGAGUCGCGCUACUACACGGCGGACCCGCGCGAGGCGUGCCUGUUCGUGCUCGGCAUCGACACGUUGGACCGGGACCAGCUGUCAGGGCAGUUCGUGCCCGACGUGGACGAACGCAUCCGGGGUUACCCGCUGUGGAACGACGGGCGCAACCACCUGAUCUUCAACCUGUACUCGGGCACGUGGCCCAACUACACGGAGGACCUGGGCUUCGACAUCGGCCAGGCCAUGCUGGCGAAGGCCAGCCUCAACGCGGAGCACUUCCGGCCGGGCUUCGACGUGUCCAUCCCGCUGUUCCCAAAGGAGCACCCGCAGAAGGGCGGCGAGCGCGGCUGGCUGGUGAGGAACGCCGCGCCGCCGCGCCGGAAGUACCUGCUGAUGUUCAAGGGCAAGCGCUACCUGACGGGCAUCGGCUCCGACACCAGGAACGCUCUGCACCACAUCCACAACGGGAAGGACGUCGUGUCGCUGACCACGUGCCGCCACGGGAAGGACUGGGAGAAGCACAAGGACGCCCGCUGUGACCAUGACAACCUGGAGUAUGAGAGGUUCGAUUACCAGGAGCUCCUCCGAAACUCCACCUUCUGCCUGGUGCCUCGAGGCCGCCGCCUGGGCUCCUUCCGCUUCCUGGAGUCUCUGCAGGCGGCGUGUAUCCCGGUGCUGCUGAGUAACGGUUGGGAGCUGCCGUUCUCCGAUGUCAUCCAGUGGAACCAGGCGGUCAUCGAGGGGGAUGAGAGGUUACUGCUCCAGGUGCCCUCCACGGUGCGAGCGGUGGGGAGCGAGCGGGUCCUGGCCCUCAGACAGAGGACCCAGAUGCUGUGGGAAGCCUACUUCUCCUCCGUGGAUAAGAUCGUCCUCACCACCCUGGAGAUCAUCAAGGACCGCGUGUUCUCCCACAUAUCGAGGAACAAGUACAUGUGGAACUCGCUGCCGGGAGGUCUGCUGGUCCUGCCGGAGUACUCCACUCACCUCUCGCAUUUCCCCUUCUAUUACCUGGGAUUAGGGGUCAGCCCGGGUCAGGAGUUCACUGCAGUCAUCCACGCCAUUUCCCCGCUGGUCUCCCAGUCCCAGCCAAUCAUGAAGCUGCUCCAGGUGGUCUCCAAGUCAAAAUACUGCUCGCAGAUCAUCAUCCUCUGGAACAGCGAGAAGCCGCUACCCAGUCGCAGCAAAUGGCCCCCCAUGCCCGUCCCCCUCACGGUGACGGACGGCAGGAGGAAGACCACCAGUCGGUUCCAACCCCACGUUGCCAUAGAGACGGAAGCCGUGCUGAGCUUGGACGAGGACACGGUGCUGCUGACCAGCGAGGUGAACUUCGCCUUCUUGGUGUGGCGCAGCUUCCCCGAGCGCAUCGUGGGCUACCCCCCCAGGAGCCACUUCUGGGACCCCCUGAAGCGCGCCUGGGGCUACACCUCCAAGUGGACCAACGACUACUCCAUCGUCCUCACCGGAGCCGCGUUCUACCACAGGUACUACCACUACCUGUUCACCCACUACCUGCCCCAGUCUCUGCGCACUCUGGUGGACCGCACCUCCAACUGCGAGGACAUCCUCAUGAACUUCCUGGUCUCGGCCGUGACCCGCCUGCCGCCCAUCAAAGUGGCUCAAAGGAAGCAGUACAAGGAGCUGCCCAGUCCGCAGGGAACAAAGAGCGUCCCCUGGGCCAACCCGGAGCACUUCAACCAGCGGCAGGAGUGCGUCAACACCUUCGCCGGGUGGUUUGGCUACAUGCCUCUGGUCCACUCCCAGCUCCGCAUGGACCCCGUGCUCUUCAAGGACCAAGUGUCGGUGCUCCGCAAGAAGUACAAGGACCUGGAGAAGGCGUAGAGACGACCACGGGGCGAGACGGACAGCGCGGGGGGGCACCGAGGGGUCUGUAACCGGCCUCUUGGGACUGAUCGGUGGUGGACUUCCAGAAAAUUAAUCGGCGGGGCAUUCAAGGACGGUCUGGGAUGUGGGACAAAGUACAAUCAUCAGACAGACCCUGGUGGACUGUUCUGGACGAUACACAUAGGAAGAGAAACGGGGCCUAUUUAUGUCUGACGGAAACUUUGAAGGAUCCCCCCCCCCUCCCCAAGGAGCUAAAUGUAGGGGGCCUCCACAAGAGUCCCUGUGACUGGGCAUCUCACUGGGAAAGGACGGUUUCAACCAAAAGGAAAAGAAAGAACCGUGUGUGUGUGUGAGCUAUUGGCGUGACAAUGACAAGGAAAUGACGGCCUCGUGGCACGCGCUCCUCCAGCGUUGCUGCGCACGACCCGUUGCCAUGGAAACGAGAUCAUUUCACAUAAAAAUGCUAACUGUCAAAUCAAUAAUAAUAAUUAAAAAAAGAUUUAUAAAUGCAAA